GCCUGACAGCUACAGAGUGCGUAGCCUGGGGACAGAGUGGAGACACCGCUGCUUUUUUCCGUUAAACUUCCCGGUACUCGGUAUUGGCCUAUUGUAGUAAGAUAGCGCCAUGGAGUUUAAGGGAGAUGUGCAGCCGCUGGUGUGGAUGGCUGCGGCCGUGGUGCUGCUGACCCUGCUGGCCUUCUCCGCCCUGCCUCCCCUGCUGGAUUACUUUCGCAAGUGGAAACUUAUGAGACCGAUUCCGGGCCCCGGACCCAAUUACCCACUCGUGGGGGACGCGUUGUUCCUAAAGCCCAAUGGAGGAGAUUUCUUUCUCCAAAUCUGUGAAUUCACAGAGCUCUUCAGAGUGGAACCACUUCUAAAACUUUGGAUUGGGCCAAUCCCUUUUUUAAUAGUCUACCAUGCAGAUACUGUGGAGCCAAUUCUGAGCACAUCCAAACAUAUGGACAAGUCCUAUGCCUAUAAAUUUCUUCACCCAUGGCUUGGUCAAGGACUGCUAACAAGUACAGGGGAAAAAUGGCGUUCAAGAAGAAAGAUGAUAACACCAACCUUUCAUUUUGCAAUUCUCUCUGAGUUUUUGGAAGUCAUGAAUGAGCAAUCCAAGGUAUGCGUUGAGAAGCUCCAAAAGCAUGUUGAUGGAGAGUCUUUUAAUUGCUUUAUGGAUGUGACGCUUUGUGCAUUGGACAUCAUAUCAGAAACGGCCAUGGGAAGGAAAAUACAAGCACAAAACAAUAGAGAUUCUGAAUAUGUUCAAGCUAUAUACAAGAUGAGUGAUAUUAUUCAGCGCCGACAGAAAAUGCCAUGGCUGUGGCUUGACUUUAUAUAUGCACAUUUAAAAGAUGGAAAGGAGCAAAACAAAAACUUAAAAAUACUCCAUGCCUUUACUGAUAAGGCUAUUCUAGAAAGAGCAGAAGAACUCAAAAAACCGGAAGCCAAAAAAGGGCAUUUUGAUAGUGAUCCUGAGUCAGAAAAGCCCAAGAAAAGAAGUGCGUUUCUAGAUAUGCUUCUGAUGGCAACAGAUGAUGCCGGCAAUAAACUGAGCUACAUGGAUAUCCGUGAGGAAGUUGAUACCUUCAUGUUUGAGGGUCAUGAUACGACAGCCGCAGCCCUAAACUGGUCUUUGUUUUUACUGGGCUCACACCCAGAGGCUCAGAGACAAGUUCAUAAAGAACUGGAUGAAGUUUUUGGUAAAUCUGACCGUCCUGUCACAAUGGAUGACCUAAAGAAGCUACGUUAUCUAGAAGCAGUGAUUAAAGAAGCACUUCGAAUAUACCCUUCUGUCCCGUUCUUUGCUCGGACCAUUACAGAAGACUGCAUUAUCCGAGGGUUUCAUGUGCCAAAAGGAGUAAAUGUUGUCAUUAUUCCGUACGCGUUGCAUCGUGAUCCAGAAUAUUUCCCUGAACCAGAAGUAUUCAGACCAGAGAGGUUCUUUUCUGAAAAUGCUAGUGGGCGCAAUCCUUAUGCCUAUAUUCCUUUUUCUGCUGGACUCAGAAACUGCAUUGGUCAACGUUUUGCUCUGAUGGAAGAAAAGGUUGUGUUAUCCUCCAUACUUAGAAAUUACUGGGUAGAGGCAACUCAGAAGCGUGAAGAACUUUGCCUUCUAGGAGAGCUCAUUCUCCGCCCGCAGGAUGGCAUGUGGAUUAAGCUGAAGAACAGAAAAACUGCCUCCAGUGCCUGAAACACACAAACAUUCUUAACUCUGGGAUGGAAAAUAAUACUGUUUAUUACUUAUAAUUGCUGGUUAUUUAAUUCUACAGCAUGUUAGCACAUAUAUAACAAUGUAUAGAAUGGUUGCCAGAUAUAGAAUUUAAAAGCUCCUCAAAAUAUAACAUUGUAAGAAUCUGUUUGUAAAUUGAAUGGAUUUUAUAGUAAGAAUGUAAAAAAGAAAGUGCUUUUUUUUUUGUUUUCAAGGUCCAUGAUUGAUUUAUUCAGGGUUUUGGUUUAACUUUGUUGUACCUAUUGUAGAUUCUAAUUUUUAUAUAGGUAACGGUUUUCCCUAAUGUUGCCAUAAUAUGUCUGUUUUACAGAUGGAAUUGGGAUUUAUUAAUACAUUAUUUCUAUAUACCAUGCCUUUCAUCUAAUUGGAACGAUUUGGCUACAAGUUGCUUUAUUUAAGCUUGGUUCAAUUGCAGUUUUAUGCAGUUAUAUACUUCUAGUAUCCCACUAACUGCUGUCAUAUGAACUGCUAUACUGAUUUGUUGGCAUAGUUAAGUAAUAGGAAUAACCACUCACAUAUACUGUAACUAAAUAUAUUGUGCAUCAGCAAAGAGGGUGCAUAGUGUAAUCCUUCUUUCAAGAGUAAAGGAUAUACUGGAAAUCCUGGAAUUCAUGCCCUCUAUGAAGGCACUCAGGUUAUAUGUAACAUACUAUAUUCUAAUAUCCUUAUAAUGGGCAGUAUAACAUGUCCAGACAUAGGAAAAGAGGAUGAUGAAGAACUCAAAUAUCCUCAAAUAUUCUAGCAUUUUUUAACCUGACGUGGCAGUGAAUGUUUGUUUUGAAUACCUUUGUAAUUUUUAGGGGUGCACUGAAUCCAGGAUUUGGUUCAGCUGAAUCCAUGCCUUUUUAGGCAAGGUUUGGAUUUGUCCAAAUUCAAGAGCCUGGCCGAACUUAAUCUGAACCCUAAAAAAUGCAAACAUGCUCAUCCGCAAUUUCUGAUCAUGCCAUGAAUUUCCAGGGUUCAAGGAAGAUUCAGAUUUGGUUUGGUAUUUGGCCAAAUCAAAAGAAGAGGAUUCGGCCGAACCGUGAUUAGCAGGGUUUGGUGCAUCCCUACUAUAUUUACUUUUGGGAAUAUGCUAGUCUGGAGUGAAUUUAUAGAACCGGCUAGAGAGCUACUUAGUGCAAUUUUCAGAGUCCCAUAAACUCUAAAGUGAAACAGUGGAGGGGAUCCUAUAGACUUGACAGACUGUUUAAGAGUAUAUUCAACUUACUUAGUCCUUUUUACAUUGCAGCUCCUUUUUACACAGGAGACAAUUAAUUGUGGUUAAUUCUGUAUAUUUUAUACUGCAAUAGGUUACGACAUGAUUUUUAAUUAAAUAAUUUGCUGAAUCUGCUAUUAAAUGUUGAAUUUUGGGUAAAAUAUUUGCACUUUCUAACCUUGGUGCCUCUUUCUAACAAUGUUAUUAAAUUGCCCACCUAUAAA